UAACGGGUAUUGUAUUUAUCAAGUCACAAGUCACAAGUGUGCACCGUGCACGGUGCACUUCGUUCUGGACGGUAGGUAGUAGUGUGCUUAGGUGAUAGGACUUGGGACUUGAGUGUACUCGAAUAUUGCCGCCGAGUUAGGGACAUUUUGUGUGCAGCACGGUGAAAAAUAAAUCAUGUUGGAGCUGGACAGUAAUUCUACACCGCCAAAAUGGAAACGUCCGGAAGACGUGAUGAGACUGCACCGGAUGAAAAUGAAAAAGCGCGCUUUGCAAAGUCGAUUUUCAAAAUCGAUGGACGCUUCGUCGUCCGCCGUUGCGGCCAACUGCCAGACCGGCCAGCGGUCGCCUGCAAAAAACCCAUUUAGGCGAAAGACGCCUGUCAAAAACAAACAGGCCGACACGCGAGCCGUGUUGAAACGAUCGCGUAUCGAGUGUGAAGACGACAACGCUUGUUCGUCGAAUCUGUCGAAACUCUUACGCGAAUGUGAGUCUGUGCCGUCCGUAUCGAGCGGUUUGCAAUGUCAACCUUUGGACGAGAGCGUCAUAUCUUUUGCAGAUGUAUUACGUCAAACAAUUAAACCAGUAACUAUCGUUGAACAUAAUGUUGAAGAAAUCACCGGAGAACCGAGUUUGCCGCUCGAUUGGACAUUGCGUACUAAAGUACGUUUUUUGUCACCAAAUUCAUUCCCGUGGAGUCAAAAAAUCAAAACGUGCGAAGAAGCAUCGGCAACAACUGGGUUUGUUAGAUGUUUGGAUACGGAGCACAGUGAAACUUCACUAGAUACUAAUCCAAAUAGUCGUUUCCAUCAGUGUUGUAUGGCAUGGCAACACCCUUCUUUACCUUGGGUAGAUCUUAUUCAUCGAGGUCCUCGCACGGCGAUUAGAGAUUCGGCUAACAAUGUUCCGUCAGUUAACGCCAAUUCAGUGUUCAGAGAGUCCCUAUUCACCCAUUGGAUAGAUAGUUUUAGAUCGUUAUUUCAGCUUGUUCGAGCUAAUCAAUGUCCUUUCUUCUAUGUGCUUGCCAACGCUUUUACCUGUACUUUUCGAGCCUCUACCAUCGGCGGCUACGAAGAACUAAACGCUAUGAUAUAUCCGACCACUCAAGGUCUUCGAGAUGUCUUGCGGCGAGAAGAUAUAGAGUUUACAAUGCCGUUGUUGGAAGAAGAUGAAAACGGUAGUGAACUCUAUGCUGGAAAGACAUCUGAAAACGCUAAAUUCGGUGAAGACGAGGAACCCGAACGGUGGCUGGAAACAAUGGGAGCCGAGCAGUCUGAAAUAAAACGUUUACAGAGUUCCCAGAAUGAGCUCGUGUCUGGCCGUCAACGAAAAAUUGACCAAACCAAAGAAUCGUUAGUCUGCGUGACUGGAGUAGAAGCUCAAGCUUUGUUUAACUGGUUAAUCAAUUGCCGCUCGUCGGUUUCAAAUACUGGACCUCACGCAGGAAUCCCACCCACGCUUUUAGCUCCGGUCGCGUUUACCGGAGCCACCUUGACACCUCUUAAAGUUAGACAGAGCACCGUCAAAGUGGAUGGUCAAAGUUACAAUUCGAUUGAAGUCAAAGGUCCAGUAAUGCCGGACGCGGUUCAUAAUUUUUGCGACUUGUUGUCCAGUUCUUUAAAGAAAUUUACAGCUACGUUUGCCAACUUGGACAGUACAAAGCCGUUUACAUUAGCUUCGCAAUCCAAGAAAGAACCAGUCAAAAGUCAAAAAUCCGAAGAAAAUGCAAUUCAUCUAUUUGGCCAACAAAAUCUGAGCGAUUGCGGCCUCAGAAAAACGGUCUUACAAACGUUUUGUUCGACAAACACUAAAGCUUUUGACAGUGUCAAAUAUACUAAAGAAGACGGUUAUUUUAUAUCGUGAUAUUUUUUUUUUUUAUAUUUAUACAUUCGAUGCAAUGACGUUAUUUUAUGUACAUUUUAUAAUAUUUGUUAGUCAAUCCACUUUUUUUUAUGUAUAUAUUUAAAAUGUCGACCAUAUCUUAUUUAGGGAUCAAACUAAAUGUAAUAU